AUGGAGGGGAUGGACAACAUAACGACCGAGGCCAGGGAGUUCUGUGGAACAUUUGAAGCCUCUGUGAACGGCACAAGAUUUGACUGGAUGGAAACUUGUUUAAAGCUGGCUAUGUUGGUUUCCGACAAAUUCGGGAUUUUGUCACCAGUUGUCAUGUCCGCUCUGCAGAACUUCAAAUAUGUAAAGAUUAUUAUCGAAGAACGAGGAUAUAAUAUUCAAAGUAGGGAAGAAUAUGAGAACGCCUCAAAAUUAUUUGGUUUUCCGGUGGCAUAUUGCGCAAGUAUAUUCAAACGACAACAUCGUAUCGUAAAAUGUUCUAAUAUUCUCUCCAAUCACACAAUACUCGACUUAGGGGGAGUUACAACAUUUUGUAAGCAGAACGAAGAAUUUCAAAGCGCCUGGAUUUGUUCGGAUGUUCUCAAAUUUACGUCGAUGGUGUUCAACAUCACUCAGUAUUUUAAAUUCGACGAGGAGCUGAUUUUCUACUCCUAUUUCUAUCCUGUUGUAGUUCUGCUUGUCCUAUUGUCAAACAUUCUCCUGGUGGUGACUUUUCUUCGGGGACGGUUUUUGUCAGCAGCCCACCUCUUACUGGUCGCCAUAUCACUGAUGGACUCCCUGACCGUUGUGUUACCUUCCCCAUACUUCUUCUACUACUUGACUCUCGGCAACUAUGACUCUUACAUUCCGUACAACCACUGUAUCGCGAUCAACGCCAUACUAUUGUACAUAUCACCGAUUUGUCACGGAAUCUCAAUAUGGCUGAAUUUUGGACUAGCACUACAGCGCUAUAUACUUUUGUGGCACCGAACCUACCUGAGCAGCUCACUCUUGCGAAGAAAGUACUGUAUCAUCUUCAUGCUUGUUAUUCUGCUAGUUGUCGUUGCUGUCUUCACCCCCGGGAUAAUGACCCUAACCUACUAUCCUGUUGUCUAUGCUCACUCUUCUAACAAUGAAGAAAUCAUGACGACUUUGAAAAGUCCAAUUUUGGGAAAUUCACAGUCACGUUUCGCCCAGACGUACUUUGCACGAUGUAUGAUCAUACAGCUGCUUCCGUGUAUGGGUAUGCUGAUGCUGUCUGUCGAACUUGUCCUCAAAUGGAAAUCAGCCGUGAAAGCGAAUCGCAAAAUGACGACCAAUGAGAGAGGGAAUGGGGACGCGGAAAGCACUCGGACAUUCAACAUGGUAGUCCUGUACAUGCUAGCAAUAUUCCUUCUCGCCGAGAUACCGACGGCAUAUGCGACGUUUAAUGUUUCUUGGGCUAUGAUUAGUAACGGGACUGUCGAUGAAUACGUUCGUGUGAUUGGCUUUAUAACAAACAUCAUCAUCUCUAUAACCUCGCCUCUGAACUUACUUGUAUACGUUUGUCAAGGUGCCCACUUCAGGCAAAACCUAAAACAGCUUCUGUGUUGUAGACCUCGACAAGAAACCCGAUCAGGAGACUGGACACGAUCUAGAAUGACAGAAAUCGAUCAGUAG